AUGUCCAAAAGGUCACGGUCGGACUCGGAAUCGAGUUCCUCCUCGUCGAGCUCCGGCGGCUCGUCCGUUGAGACUCACACCGCCGUGGUAUCCACAACAAAGCUUCCUGCCUCUCGAAACCUCUCCAACAUCGGAUAUCGCCCACCGCGAGGCUUCGAACCUGUCCCGUUCUCGUCAUCUUCGCCCUUCGUUCAGAAGAAGCUCGGUGCUUCGAACCAACAGCAGCUUUGGGCGGUUCGCAUCCCAGCUGGUCUCACUCCCGGCCAGCUCGACGGUGUGGUGAUUGACCUACCCCACGAUACAGCAGACAUCAAGGCAGCGUCCAAACCAUUGGGAACCAUUCAGGUGCCCACCACGUCUUCGGUCGAUGCGGCGACGUUCAAUUUUUACGCCUCGGUGCCAUUCGCACCGAAAGGCAAAGCGAAAAAGGCACAGUCGAGCGCUGACUCGCAGCUCAUUGCCAUGGCAUCCGAAACUGCAGCUGUGGAAGACGCUAGUGUGUCAUCGAGCCAAGGAGCCGCGUCGGAGCUGGAGAGCUUGAAGUUGCUCGUGCCAGCAGGCGACGGGAACGAGACGGGGAAGCUGGUGCUUGCGCCGGUCAAAGUGGCGAGAUGCCUCCACCUGUCGAUUGCAUCACCUGCCGAAACUAGCAAGGCUGACAAAGUCAAGGAGACGAGCAACAGGUUUGAGGAGAAGAAGCUUCCGCAACAGCCGUGGCAUUUGCUUAAGGGCAACUUCAAGCCGGCCGGUGCCAAAGGUGGUGUAGACUCGGCAUCCGAGCCAGCGAGCCAAGUCACGGAUGACAAGAAGGAGAAGAAACGGAAAGUGAAGACCGAGGAUGGCAGCAAGUCGAAAAAGUCCAAGAAGGAAUGA